AUGGAUCAGGGGGCGGAGGAGGCGCGGCGGAUGGCGAGCCUGCAGGCGGCGCGGAGCGCGCUGCGGGCCGGGGUGGAGCGGUCGCGGGCGCUGAGCCACGCGCUGGCGCGGACGGGGGCCCGGGUCGGGGAGAUCCAGGCGCGGCUGGCGGCCACGGAGGCCGGGGUGCGCCCGAUCCGCGCGCCGCGGGACGCGCUCGAGGGGGCCGGCCCCAACAUCGACCGCGCCGUGGGGCCCGCCGCGGCCGUCCUCAAGGUGUUCGACGCCGUGCACGGCCUCGAGCCGCCGCUCCUCGCCGGGGCCGCCGCCCGGGAGGACCUCCCGGGCUACCUCGCCCUCGUCGCCCGCCUCGAGGAGGCGCUCCGCUUCCUCGCCGACAACUGCGGCCUCGCCGUCGACUGGCUCUCCGACAUCGUCGACUACCUCGGCAAGCGCAGCCUCGCCGACCCCCGCUUCGUGGCCGGCCUCGCCGGGGCGCUCUCGAAACUCAAGGGCGUCCCCGCAGCCGACCUCGACGCCGGCCUCCUCACCGCCGCCCUCGACGUGCUCGAGGCCGAGUUCUGCCGCCUCCUCGCCGAGCACUCUGCUCCGCUCGCGAUGCAGGAGGACCCCGACAAGGCCAAGCCCGCACCCGCCUCCAUCACGCCGCCGAGGAUCCCCGCCGCCGCCGUGCAGAAGCUGGGCCUCACCCUUGACCGCCUCGCCGCUAAUGGGCGGCUCAGCUACUGCGUGGCGGCGUACGCCGACGCUCGCGGGGACACGGUGAGCGCCAGCCUCCACGCGCUCGGCCUGGAUUACCUGCAAGACCAGACGCAGGAUGCUCAGGCGCUGAGCCCGAGCGUCGAGCUCUGGGGCCGGCAUUUGGAGUUCGCGGUGCGCCACCUAUUGGAAGCUGAGCGGAAGCUCUGUGUUGCUGUCUUCGAGCGCCGGCCAGAAGCCGCGGCCGCUUGCUUCGCGGACAUUGCGGCGCGCGCUGGAAUUCUUGAUUUCCUCAAGUUUGGCCGUGCCGUGGCUGAUGCCAAGAAGGACCCCAUCAAGCUCCUGAGGCUGCUUGAUGUGUUUGAUUCUCUCAGCAAGCUCAGAUUGGACUUCAACCGGUUGUUUGGUGGAAAGGCAUGCCUGGAGAUCCAAAGCAGGACCAGAGAGCUUGUGAAGAGGGUGGUGGAUGGCUCUGUUGAGAUUUUUGAGGAGUUGCUGGUGCAGGUGGAGCUGCAGCGCAAGAUGCCACCCCCAGCUGACGGCGGAGUGCCAGGCCUGGUUACCUUCGUCCCCAAGUACUGCAACCAGCUCCUUGGGGAGCAAUAUCGGCCUGUGCUCACACAAGUGCUCACCAUCCACCGCAGCUGGCGCAAGGAGGCGUUCAACGACAAGAUGCUCGUCGAUGCAGUGCACAACAUUGUUAAGGCCCUGGAGGCCAACUUCGACACAUGGGCAAAGGCGUAUGAGGAUAAGACACUGUCAUCUCUCUUCAUGAUGAACACACAUUCGCACUUCUUCAAGCACCUGAAGAGCACUAAGAUGGGGGAGAUCUUAGGCGAUGAGUGGCUCCGGGAGCAUGAGCAGUACAAGGACUACUACUCGGCAUUGUUUCUAAGGGAGAGCUGGGGAACGCUUGCGCCGCUGCUGAGCAGGGAGGGUCUGAUCUUGUUCUCCAAGGGUCAGGCUACAGCAAGGGACUUGGUGAAGCAGCGGCUCAAAUCGUUCAACGCCAGCUUCGAUGAGAUGUACCAGAAGCAGUCCGCGUGGAUCAUACCGGACAAGGAUCUGCAGCAGAGGGUGUGCCACCUUGUGGUGCAGGCUAUAGUGCCUGUUUACCGUAGCUUCAUGCAGAACUACGGGCCGCUUGUCGAGCAGGACAUCAGCGCGAGCAAGUACGUCAAGUACAGCGCUGAAGGCCUUGACAAGAUGCUUAGCACCCUCUUCAUGCCGAAGCUUAGGACUAGGAGGACUGCAAGCAUGCAGAUCAGAAACUCAAAUGGCAAGAUUGCCAGUGCAGUGACUGGGCUGCAGCGGAGUGCUUCAACAUUGCAAUAG